AAAAUUCAGGUAUAAUUCUAUCUGUCCAAUCAGUGAGUCCCACUGCUGCUGGUUGAUAAAAGGACUGAAUAGGAGGCUUGCACAAACAGUCUGUCUGUUUGUGCAUCUGAUGAUUGUGUUUCUCGUUCUCCAGAUCAGCUCUACCCAGUGCCUCUGCUCCUCACUAAUGCUGAGACAUGAUUGGAGCAGAGAGAUACAUCCUCAUUGGCUGUCUGCUGCAAGGAGCCUUGGGCAGCAAUUGGGCAGUCCGGAUGCCUCAGAGUAUUGAAGCUCUGAUUGGAUCCUGUGUCCUGAUUCCCUGCAGAUUUAAGAUCCCACCUGAAUUUAACUCAGAUCUAUUAGAGGAUCCAUCUUCAGUUAAUGGAAAAUGGAUAAAAGAUGAAACUAUAGUGUUUGAUUCCAGCAGCCAAUCUGCAUCUUCUCUGCAUGGAAAGAUCACUGGAGACCUGUUGCAAAAAAACUGCACUACAGUCCUGGAGAACGUUCCGAAGAAUUAUUCUCAUGGUCGUUAUAAAUUCAGAUUAGAAUGCAACAAUAGACUCAAAUGGAAUUUUGAACAAAGUGUUCAAAUUAAUCUCACAGACUCUCCACCCAAACCCAAGAUAACCACAGAGAAGGUGGAGGUGAUGGAGGGGACCUCUGUGAGUUUGAGCUGUUCUGCUGCAACACCCUGUCCUGAACUCCAACCAAAUCUGACAUGGACCCCCAGGCUGAGUGAUAGUGUGGAUCAACUGCAAGAGAAAAAGGAUAAAACCAAAUCUGUGUUUUCUGUUCUGAACUUCACUGCUUCCCACCUCCACCAUGGGCAGAAGAUCACCUGCAGGGCACUUUACACACUGCAAAAACGAGACACUCAGAAGACAUCUGAGGCCAGUAGGAUUCUCAGAGUUCUAUAUGCUCCUAAGAACACCUCAGUGUCAGUCACUCCCUCUGGUUCUUUGUUGGUGGGCAGCUCUGUGACUCUGACCUGCAGCAGUAAUGCCAACCCAGCAGUGCAGAACUACACCUGGUAUAAAGUGAAUGGGACAGAGAUAAACACUGUAGGAACUGGACAGAAUCUCACCUUCAAUGUGACUGAGUCCAGUGGCAGUGAACAGUACUACUGUGAAGCACAGAAUGAACAUGGCAAGGAGAACUCAACAACUGUGCAGCUGAAUGUAAUAUACAUGCCUCAGAUCUCUGGUUCUGGGAGCUGCAGCAGAACUGAAGCAGAGAUCAGCUGCUCCUGUGAGAGCCGUGGGAAUCCCUCUCCCAGCAUGGAGUGGCGUGUGUCUGGACUGCGGGUCACUAACUCUACUGAGAGAGUCAUCAGGGAGGAGCAGCUGGGGAACACAGGCCUGAGGAGCUCCCUCACCAUGCGCCAAUCACAGGGAGACACGCCCACUCUCCUCUGCGUCAGCACCAACACUCUCGGCUCCACCAGCCUCCAGCUCCACCUCCCGUCUCCACAGCAACACUCAGGAUUUGGCAUUACAAACUGCAUUACCUCACUGCUGAUUGGUGCAGCUGCCGGUGCUGGUGCCAUGAUGAUGAUAUGCCUCAUAAUGCAGCACAUUCUAAAGAAGAAGAGACACAUCCAGUGUUGUGGAAGUAGAAUGAAGGACAGCGAAGGGCUCAUACUGACAGAUGGGACGGCCGCUCAAGAUGAGGAAUCGAUCCACGCCAACAAGACCAUGCUGUCGGGCGCGAGUGCGGUGGAAAAGGGGGACGAGGGCGCCCUGCACUAUGCCACCGUGGAUUUCUCCAAACUUCCCGGCACGGGUGGGGAACACGGAACGGGCAUCGUCCGGGGCACUUCCAAACAGACGUCCGACUACGCCAUGAUCCGACACAAAUCCAGGGAAGAGAGAGAAGGAGGAGAGGAAGAAGGUGAGGAGGCACAGGAGGAGGUGGGGAAGGAAGGCCAAGAUGAGCUGGGCACAGAGAGGGAGUCAGCCGAGGCGAGGGGCGAGAAGGAGGAGGAGUCUCGGCCGAAUUUGAGCCCACAGGCCUCCGUCAACCCUGAGCCCACGGAGGAGGCCACCUAUGGGAACAUCUGCCCCUCCAGGCCCACUAAGAGGGCACGGCAGGGACUGCAGCAGCCGCCCGGGAACCCUGCUUCAGAGGAGGAGCAGGAGGAGUAGCGCCAGGAGGAGAACUCAGCAGGAGGCCAGGAGGACAUGUACGUGGAUGUCAUGAGCCCCCUGACGGAGGGUAACGGAAAGGGAACGGAGGAGAGUGAGUACGCCGAGGUCAGGAAGCCCAAAUAAGUCACCAUGGAGACAGGCCAACUCAUCACACCACGCUGCACUCUCAUAAUGCCAGGUUUUACUUUACAGCACGAUACAUAACGUGCGUUAUGUUGCAAUACAGAUGUUACAUUACAGUGUCAUACUGAAGUACAGUAACUUAUGGGGUCCCAAAUGCAACAUAAAACUAUUAUUUUACCAUGCAUUUUCUUCUGCGUUUAACUGAAAUAUCCCUAUUUCUCUCAAAUUUAAUGGAAAAAGUCUUAAAUUUAUUGUCUUUGAAUUGACAGGUGUAAAUAUUUAAUGUGGUAUCCGAAAAUGAUAUAAAUUAGCUAAAUGUUUUAUUAAUAAGGGUUUGUUUUUAUUUUUACAUUUUGCUAUAUCUAUAACAAUUUAGCUAAAUCAUUUAAUUAAUUGUAUGAGAUAUUUAGCGAAAGAUUUUGCUUAACGUACAAAACCUUUUGUUAAAUGAAUAAAUAUUUAAUGAAAUUUAAAAUAAAACAUUUUUUUGCAAAAUGAAUGUAACAUUGACUAAAUGUAUGAACCAUUCAGCUAAAUAUUUAGCUGAAUGUAUAACACCCUUUAAUGUACAAAACUUAUAGCUAAAUAUUUAACUAAAUGUAUGAAACAUUUAGCUAAACAUACAAGACUUUUAGCUGAAUGUAUAAAACAUGAAAUAUUUGAAAUAUUUGCUGACUAUUUGAAACAUUUAAAAUGGUAUAAAACAUUUUGCUAAAUGUAUGCAACCUCCACAGCCCGCCUUACAGUGGUUUACCAAAAGAAACAUUCACCUUAUUGUGGACAAAUUUUGGGGAGUUAAUUUUUGUGAUGACUAAACACAACGAACUUUGCUUCAAGAGGUUCACAGAUGUGCCUCCGGUCUCUGGCUCUGGGUGUAACGGUGGUGGUGGUGGUGAACGCAAUAGAACGCAUAGAAAGGCCGCUGGAGACAUGGAUGGAGUUGCAAAAAAAAUAGCAGAGACUUUAAUCAGGAGAUUAGUGUACAGAAAACUAAGAGAGCUACUCCAGGAAAUACGAAAUACUCCAGGCUGUGAAUAAUGCUCAGAGAGCACCCAAUCAGAAGCCAGCACAGAGCAGCAGGCUAAUGGGCUCAAGACAGAGUGAGAAGCAAAGCAGCUAAGGCAGAAUAAGUGUUGUGAUUCAUUAACUCUCGAAUCACUAACAGGUGAACACACAAUCUCAUAAUCAGAGUGAUGGUUAUGUCGCCCUCUGGUGACCAGCAGGAGGAGGUGCAGCUUGAAUCCUCACAUUGGGAGAUGAGUUAUUCCUGUUGGGGCAGUGGGAAUCCCAGCAUGGAGCAGCCGAUACUUGUGUCUGUUUCUUCAUGUCUUUCUUCAGGUCAUCGCUGGAACAUGCAGCAACAAUGCCACGCUCAGGGUGUGCUCGCAUUGGUCAGCACCCCAAUAGUAAACAGAGAUGAACAUUGAACAUUGGCAUAUCCGCCAGUUCAAAUACCAGCCUCAGUGCCAUUUCACGGGCUUGCCAACUACUGAUUUUGAUGUUGUUAUGCUACACCCUUCCAAUGUUGUGGAGACCCCCCUACAAAUUAGCAUUAAAAAUUUUGACUUUCUUUGCGCAAAACACAACUUCAUGUAAAUCAAACGGAUCCAGACCCCUCAUUCUCUUGAUCAUUUUGAGGAUUGUGUACCUUUUACACUUUUUACUAUUUUAGAUGAAGAUUAUAGUUCUCCCUCAGCCACAGAAAGAGAAGGGAGCUAGCCUGGGGGGAAAAGUGCUACAUCAAGUUAAUUCAUACAUUUCUCUAACUGUGUGGUCACUGUCUUGUUUGCUAAAUAAAGUAUUCAAGUUGUUUGUUCAUUUUUCUUUUUUUGAUAAGCCAACUCAUUUCAGCAUUUAAUAAAAUGGAGGUAUGCCUAAGUAGUCUACAGUUUGUCUUGCAUCCUGUUUGCCUUGCAUGUUGUUAAAAGAAUGAAGACCAACCUGGAGAUCACUUGCUUCAAAUAAAAAAAAUUCAAAAACUGAG